UGAUUAGGUAAUCAAGAAAAAAAUUGAUAGUUUUUUUUCCACUUUUCAUUUCAAGAAAAAAAUUCAAGAAUCAAGUUGGAAUUUUUUUCUGCUUAAAAAUUAUUGUCUUGUUUUCGCGUUUAUAUUUGACAAAAGUUAAGUUUGAUUUGAAUGACAUUUUUUUCUGAGUUAAAUAAAAAACAAAAAUGCCGAAAGCAUUCCUUAUUCGUAAAAAUCUUCAACAACAAUAUCAAAAUCAUUGUCAUCAACAACAGCAGCAACAACAACAACAAAAUCCGAUAACAAAUCAUAAUGUGAUACCAUCAUCGAAAUCUGGUUGGUCACCAGUAACACCACCACCAAGUCCAGAUGAUAAUGAACCGGAAAAUUUAUCGAUAAAAGCAAAUAUUUUGCCUGCACAUCAAUAUAAUAAUUCUCAUCAACAAUCGCAACAACAACAACAACCUAGAUAUGAUCAUAUUGGUGCAUUAGAUUUAAAAAAUAAAAAUUUUCAUCAAAAAUUUAUCGAUAAUAAUAAUAAUAAUGAUGAUGAGGAUAUGGAUGAAGCUGUUGAUCUUACCUGUAGUAGUAGUUUAUCAUCUGUAUCAUCAUCACCUCCACAAUUAAAUUCACAUCAUCCUCGUAAACGAAAUCGUAAUAUAUCAACAUCCGAAAAUUCAUCUUGUUCAUAUUCAUCAUCAACAACAUCAAGUCAUUGUUAUGGUAGCCUAUCAUCACCAUUAAGCUAUCAUUCAAGUGAAAGUGAUUUUGAUAUCAAAGGACUAUCAUCAUCAGCAUCUACAUCAUCAUCAACAUCAUCAACAUUACUAAAUAAUGCGCUUAAUUCCUAUCUAAAUCAACGACCAUUAUCAUCUAAUAGUAUACAUUCAAUUCAAUCAAUAACCAAUACAAAUUUAAAUCAUCCACCUCCACCACCAUCACAUCAUCAUCAAGGAGCAAUCGAUUGUUCUAAUCGUUUGAAUCUGGUUUCAAUUAAUGAACAUCAACGUUUACAAUUGACAAAUAUAUCAAGAUCAAAUGUUGGUGUUUGUCCAUCAUUACAAUCAUCAUCAUUAUCAUCCAUAAAUAACGAACAAACAGCUCACCAUCAACAGCAGCAACGAUCAUCCGUUAUACACCAGACAACGAAUGGUGGACAUCAUUGUAUAUCACAAUCAUCAUUGAAUAAUAAUGAUGUUUCAAAUGUUAUAGAUAAUUUACAAAAAUCAAAUGAAAAUGAACAAAAAAAUAGUAGUAAUAAUUCAUUAGAAGCUUUAGCUGCAGCAGCUUCAAAUCUUUAUCCUGGUACGGCAAUUAAUGUUGCAUUAGCUGCUGCUGCCGCUGCAGCAGCAGCAGUAUCGUCAUCACCAUCGCCGUCGUUGACAUCAUCAGGAUCAGCCAAUAAUCAACGAUCAAAUUCAAAAACGAUAACGCAAUCAUCCCCACCAACACCAACACCAUCACUACCGAUUGUAACAAAUUCGUUACCAUCUCCAUCGCCAUCAUCAUCAUCAUCAUCAACACAAUCGGAUACAAAUAAUCCUCCACCUGUACAUAUAACCGCACAAAGACUAGGCAUACCAUUACAUUUGAUUUCAACAUUAGAAUUUGUAAAUGGUGGACAUGGUAUAAAGAAUCCAUUUCUAACUGCUGCUGAACAUCAAUUUAAAUUUGAAAAUAAUAAUAAUAAAUCCACUUCAUCAUCAUCAUCAUCCGAUGAUCCAUUAAGAUGUUCAAUCUGUGGUAAACGUUUUACAUUGGCACGGCUACUUAAUCGUCAUCUAAAAUGUCAUUCAGAUGUUAAACGUUAUCUUUGUACAUUUUGUGGUAAAGGAUUUAACGAUACAUUCGAUUUAAAACGACAUACGCGUACGCAUACAGGUGUUAGGCCAUAUCGUUGUAAUCUAUGUGACAAAUCAUUUACACAACGUUGUUCAUUAGAAUCACAUACAUUAAAAGUACAUGGAAUUGCACAUGAAUAUGGUUAUAAAGAACGUCGUAAUAAGAUGUAUGUUUGCGAAGAAUGUGGUUGUACAACGAAUCAACCCGAAGAACAUUAUAUGCAUCUAAAAUGUCAUCAUCCAUAUAGUCCGGCAUUAUCGAAAUUCUAUGAUCGUCGUCAUUUUAAAUUUAAUAAUAAUGAAUUUCCAUUUGGUGGUAAAGAUGGACAACGGCAAACAGCUCAUUAAUCGAUUCGAUGAUCAAUACAAAAAAAAUGAAAUAUAU